AUGAACUACACUUUUACGGAUCGCUGGAGUUAUAGUGAUAUUAAUGGCGGGUCUGUAGGCGCUGUGGUUGAUCAGACAGCGGAUAUUGCCUCGGCUCCUUGUUUGGCCACCGAGGGUCGCCUGAAGCGUAUGUCGGCUAUCAUUGAGACGGGUUACUUUCGCUCCGUUUGUAUCUUUCGCACACCCCACAACGCUGGCAUACGUGGCGAUGUCUUUCUGCAGCCCUUUAGUGCCAUUGUCUGGUAUCUGUUUGGUGCUCUUUUAUUGCUAAUUGCCCUACUGCUUUAUCUGGUAUUUUAUGUGGAAUACAAACGAAUGCCGCGACGUCGUCAUCUCAACUAUAUGCCCUCGUUGCUGACCACUAUCCUGAUCAGUUUGGGUGCAGCUUGCAGUCAGAGUUCUGCUUUAAUACCGCGCUCCACUGGCGGACGUUUAGCCUACUUUGCGCUGUUCCUCAUCAGCUUCAUCAUGUACAACUAUUAUACGUCUGUUGUGGUUUCUUCGCUUUUAAACUCGCCCGUCAAAUCGGACAUCAAGACAAUGCAACAGCUGGCAGAAAGCUCCCUGCAGGUGGGCCUGGAACCGCUUUCAUUUACGAAAAGUUAUCUUAAUGUGAGUUAG